CACACACACACACACACACACACACACACGCAGAGCGCGUUACGAGCACCGCAGGAUCGGUUCCGUUCUCGCGCUCAGUUUCAGGCGCGAUGGAGCGGCGGCCCCGUGGAGCAGAAAGCGCACGAGCUCAGUGGAAACGCGCGAGCGUGCACCCGCUCAACUAAGACCCCGCGGUCUGGUGUAGUGAGAGGAGCAUAAAGGCGAGUUGAUCUGGAGAUUUGAAGUGAGAGGGUGAUCACUGGGAUGAUGGAGAUGAGGUGGAGGUCUGUAUGGCUCUUGCAGCUCAUCGUCCUGGUCCUGGUGGUGAUGUUGUCAUGCCGACCAGUGUGUGGUGGUACCCGGACUCUAAGGGCAAGCACAGGUCAUUACCAGGUAAAACAGGGGACGUGUGAGGUGGUGGCGCUCCAUCGUUGCUGCAAUAAGAACCGGAUCGAGGAGCGCUCACAGACCGUCAAAUGCUCCUGUUUCCCCGGACAGGUCGCUGGAACGACCCGCGCUCUGCCGUCCUGCGUUGAAGCGUCCAUCGUCGUGCAGAAAUGGUGGUGUCAGAUGCACCCGUGUCUGGACGGCGAGGAGUGUAAGGUUCUGCCCGACCUCACGGGAUGGUCCUGCAGCACCGGCAACAAAGUCAAAACUACCAAGGUCACACGAUAGCGAGAACACGGCUGCCCCGACGGCUCCAUGAGACCUCAGACUCUUUAACAUGGAUUUCUAUUCUGGGAAAAGUAGCCCGAUUACACUGGAUAUAAUCCAGACUGGGAAUUUAGCGCACACUGGACGGACGUACGGAUGAAUGGAUAUACCAUGUUCGAAUGAAAAGACACUGAUGAUGAUGAUGGACCACGUCUAUUUAUAUAAAACAAAAAAUCAAACAGUGGUGGAGGACGUGGGCAGAGACUUGCCUAACACAUGAACUCCUACAGGGAUGUAGCAGAGUUGCUUUUUCUGAGGGUCUAUAUGGAUGAUGGAAUCAACCUUGGUCUGUUUGUGUGUGUAAAUGUGUGUAGACGAGUGCUUGUGCAUGUAUAUAAGUGCAGAUGCACUUUGCAUAUAUAUAUGUGCUUGUAUGUGUGUGUGUGUGUGUGUGUGUGUGUGUGUGUGUGUGUGUGUGUGUAGGGAGUGUAUGUUUGUAAGCAAGCCAAGUGAAUCUCCAUGGUUCAAAUCGGCAAGCUGAAAUCCACUCGAGACCGCGGCGAGCACGUCAAUCACCAAGUCUUUUCAGACUUCUAAUUAGAGUUGCUGAAUAGGAUCAUAACAAUGUAAGAUAUAAGCACUUGUUGAGAAAUUAUUAUUAUUAUUAUUUUUUAGAGAAUAGUUUUGUUUUUGUCCAGAUAGUUCCGUAUCUUCAUGUCGCAGGAGGUCCAGAGGGAACCAUGAUGCAAAUGCCGGCCGCUGUGUUUUUUUUUUUUUUGUCAGACACAGAUAAAAGAAAAAGAAAAAAAAAACACAAAGCACUCUCGCUUUAUUAUUUGAGGACACAUAUAAUUAUCUCUAAAGCUACUAUACAUGUACCCUCAAAUACCCAUGUCACUUUGUUUGACGUUUUUAUUUAUUGAGGAACGAAUCUAAUUUUGAUUGUGGUGAAAUGGGGUGACUUGGGAUAGGCACAAAAAAUAGUUCUACUCAAAAGCUCAGUAAACUGGCCAUAUAUCAUUUUAUGAUAACUUGACAUGCACCUUAAUAGUAGGUCAAAGUGUCUUCUAAGAGACACAGAAUAUACAUCCGACGGUGGCCAAAAAAUGUGCAAUAAAAACAUGAAGCAUUUCCACGGCUGAAUCAUUAGGGCUUUAGGCAAGUGGCGUUAUUAUAUACCCACUGAGCUGUGUGUAGUGAGCUGAGAAAGUAAAUGAAAAGCCAUUUGGGAUUCUGAAUUAUGUACAAAAAAAGGCCCUAAAGUUGCUGGAUCUGCUCUUUAAUGGAACACUUUAUGGACAAAUGUUUGUCAACACCUGAGCAGAAAAUAUGUGCUUUUUUAACAUCCGAUUCUACAUUUAGUCAACAUUUCUGUUAACUUCCAGUCUUCUGGAAAGAUGUUACUCUAGAUUUUGGGGAGAUUUGUGGAGAUUUAUUUAGCCACAAGGGUGUUAGAAAAGUCAGCUAGUAAUGUAGAGGGAUGGGGUACAGUCAGUUCACAUUCAUCCCAAAGGUGUUCAGAAGGGUUGGAGCUCUAUAGCAGGUGAUCUUCAUGGAGUUUGCUUUGUGCACAGGGGCAUUAUCAUGUUGGAACAAGUUUGGGACAGUUCAAGUGAAGGGAAAAUUUCAUGCCACCAUCUCCAACUUUGUGCUUACAGAUUGCAUCUCCAGGAACCUGGAUUAGAUACGUAACCAGCAGUAGAAACUGAGACAGCAUUAAUAGCGAAAUCAUAAAAGCCCAGCUGUAGCAUCCAGUCUGGUAAAUGAUGCACAUUGCGACUCGAAAAGAUCACAGGAUAAAACAGUGUCAUCUUUUAAAUAUACGUUUCUUAUUUCCGGAGAGACCAUUGCAAACACGGACAUGUCUUCCAUUCCCACCUCAUUUGAAAAAAAAAAUCCCUACAAAAAGUAAAGACUGUAAUGAGAUCCACUGCAUGACAGCACUGUUGUUUAUUUUAUGUAUAUUCGAAACGAUAUGAUUAUCACAUUGCACUCUUAAUCUGAAGAAAAGGAUGGAAGUGUUUUUGAAGAACCGUAACGUGUACCCAAUACUCCAUUAUAAUAAAAGUUUUACUUUAAA